CACUGGUUCGUCAUGUUCUGCAGAUGUAGAUCCCACCACCGCACGGCGGUUUAACUUACGACCCUCGAUCCGAACAGGCAACUGGACAUACGGACAGGUUUGUUCGUAUGAAAGUCGAAUGUUCGUAAGUAGAGGAGUCCCUCGAUAUACUCAGGGAUAACACUGAAAAGUCAACAAAAGGGGAAAAUUUGGUACUGCAAAGGAGGUCCCAUGAUGAAAGGACAGGUUAAUUAACCCAUUUGGUGGACUGUUACCUCUUGGGCACAUCACAGCCUACGGGGUUUUGGAGUUCCACACAUUUUUGUGAUCCACCCACCCUUGCCUGCGGGGUGCUUGAUCACAAUGCUGCCCCGCCGUAGCUACGAUGCAGAGGGCAGUUUGGAUUCCUAGGCAGGAGGUUAAAGUUCAGUCUGGAAACUUCCCCCACCCCUUAGGUAAAACUGGUCCAACUGGGCCUUCGUCUAACAACAGACGCCUAUGGAUUACCGGUCAAGGGGGCAUACUGACGCAUACACGGCAGGCGACAAGAGCAUUGUUGGAUUCGCCACCCGCAUCCCCCUCUCGCAGGAAUGGAACCCGUACCAGACGCCGACCCAGAGGCCGACCCAGAGGCCGACGCAGAGGACGUCUCGCCCGGGAAGGGAGCGUCGACCUGCUGCCCGCGAUGCCACGUGGUGCACAAGUCGCUGUCUCGCUGGGUGCUGCCACCCGACAUCCGUGAGAAGUACCUGGAGAGGGCCAACUGCCUGCCGCCGCCAAUUUUCAUCAUGCUCAUCAGCCUUCUAGAGCUGGGCGUGUUCAUCUACUAUGCGGUGUGGAAACCCCAGAAGCAGUGGAUCACGCUGGACUCUGGUAUCUCCAACAGUCCCUUCAUCUACCGGCCCGACCGGCGGCAGGAGGCUUGGCGCUUCGUGUCCUACAUGCUGGUGCAUGCUGGGGUGCAGCACAUCAUCAACAACUUAAUCGUGCAGCUGAUUCUCGGGCUUCCUCUGGAGCUGGUGCACAAGGGCCAUCGCGUGGGGCUCGUGUACCUGGCGGGGGUAGUUGCCGGCUCACUCGCCAGCUCCGUGUUCGACCCGUGUGUUCAGCUGGUCGGCGCGUCUGGCGGAGGCUACGCGCUCAUUGGGGGGUACUUCAUGAACGUAGUGGUGAAUUUUAAGGAGAUGAAGCCUCUGUUUGGAGUAUUCCGACUUCUCUUCAUCGGCAGUAUAGUGCUAUCAGAUGUCGGAGUGGCCAUUUACAGGAGAUUUAUUGCCAAAGAGAUUGCGCAACAGGUGUCGUUUGUGGCUCACAUAGCGGGCGGGCUGGCGGGCGUGUCCAUGGGCUACGUGGUGUUCACCAGCUACGACCAGAGCCUCGUGAAGGACCCUCGCUUCUGGGUGUGCCUCCUCGGCUUCGCCAUCUGCACCCUGGUCGCAGUCGCCUUCAACAUCUGGCUCUCGCCAGCCGUCGAUUGUUUCCGUUGAAGCGUCCGGACAGCCUCCUCCCCACCGACCCUGUCGUGCGCGGCCACACCGAUCUGCCUUGCCCGUGAUGAACGCGGGACAACUGCGGAGAUCCAACUUCGUCGUUAUUUAUUUGCUAGCGAGUCUCCCCCAGUGCGGCUGUGUGGGUCCACCGGUCUUGGUGUGCAACGUUACAAGAGCUCGGUGCGCUCCGUGUAGUUCUGGAGUGGAAUUCAACAAUGACUUGCUGCUUGCACCCUGUGGUGCAACUUUGAGCCGGCAAGGAUUGGUUUAUAUUUUUGUUGUAUUGUUGUGAAUGUAUUCAUCUUUUAUACGGUAAGAAUUGGAUUGGGCCAAUAAUAAUAAUAAUAAUGUAUUGGAACUAAACUGGUCUUGCAACGGUUCUUUUUUAAAUAGCUUUAACGGAGUGUAACAAAAAAAAUAUAUAGAUAGUUCGUGAUCUACAAUUGGCUUUCACAUACAAUGUCAUUAUCAGGGGUCGGAAACCAAUAUAACAAGAGCCGUUUUUGUCGAAUUCGGUAAAAAAAAAACCCUCAACAUUUGAACAGCCACAAUGCAUGUAAAUACGAGACGGCGAUCCUAAAAACCUAAUAACGUCACGAAGCAGUCUUUAAAGAGCCGCAUUGUGGCUCUGGAGCCACAGGUUGCCGAACCCUGGUUACGAUGCAGAAUUUACGACUAUGAUGAGCCAAGAAUGUCUGUGUGUCCCGCACGUGACGUCUCUCCACGUCGGCCAGCCCCCCCCUCAUUAAUAAUCAUGAACAGGUGACGUCCUCCACAUGGAUCCUCGCCCCUCAUUAAUCAUGAGCGGAUGACGUCACUCCACAUAUAGCCCCCCCCCCCCACCAUUAA